UCUGCUAUUUUAUGCCAGUAGAUUCUCAUUUCUCAUGCAGGAGAGAGGGGUCGAUCCUUAUCUUGCAGGCGACUGCAACCGCGUAUUUGACUUCUCCUGGAUUAAUCUUCUAUAACCAUUCGAGGGAAAAAAAAAAAAGUCUGCGAUUCAUGAGUCAUGACACCCUUCCCUUCUAAGUUCAGUAUGCAUGAGCGAGGAAUCCUCCCUUUUUCUGCUUCUUCUUGGCUCCUUCCUGGCUUGAGAAGAACAUAUUGGUGGUGGUGCCCCUCUGUCCCUGAAAAGGCAGGGUCCCUCCGUCAUCCCUCUUCUACGCACCACCUUCAGAUACUGACUUGAUAGAACUUCCUUUUUAGCCAAAACAUCUGAUCACCAUCUCAAGCAUCAGCCCCCCACCAUGGUAGGACUUUAGCUCUAAUUCGGUUCCGUCUCUCACCUUUGGCUCUUGGUUUAUUGUUUUACCACUGCUUAGAUUUGGAACAGGGAAGGGAGGGCGAAGAACUCACAGAGAUUUGGUGUAUAUUGAGGUAAUACAAUUCUCUUGCUAAGCGAAUCAGAGACCACCUUUUCAGUGAUCAGUUUUCCCAGUCAAACGCUAGAAGAAGCCUACUUUCCAUCAAAGUCCUUAUUAGGUUCCCUUGUUCAAAUCUGGCUGCCUUCUUUGACACGGAAGAUACCUUGGCUAUCUUUCUUCAGAGUCCAGGAUUCACUUCUUUCCUACCAAAUCCGAUCUGGGUUCUCUUUUUUGCUUCCUUUCUGGCACUUGAGAUUUGCUUUGUGGGGAUUAAGAAGACUGGGUGUUGGAGAUGGGUCUCUGUUGCAGUAAACAUGGAACUUCAGGUACCAAUGGAAUGCAAGACGGAAUGGCAAGGAAGGAAGUAGUCCACAGAGGCACAGGUCAUCCCCAAUAUUAUCAGUCUGCAGUCCCAAGCCAACCUAAGAUUCCCGUGCCCGAAAGGCCGGUGACACAGCCGGUCCAGGUGCCAGUUCCUCCGCCAGCAAGGCCAGUGUUGUCACCUUCACCGUUGCCUCCGCCCGGUACUCUGGAGCCAAGGGCUGCUCCUUAUGCAGAUACUAUACUGGGUAAGCCUUUCACUGAAGUGAAGUCCUUGUACAGUUUGGGGAAGGAGUUGGGGAGGGGUCAGUUUGGUGUCACCUAUCUCUGUACUGAGAUCUCAACUGGGAAAUCUUAUGCUUGUAAGUCCAUAUCGAAGAGGAAGCUUGUCAAUAAAAAUGAUAAGGAGGAUAUCAAGCGUGAGAUUCAGAUAUUGCAGCACCUUUCUGGUCAGCCCAAUAUUGUAGAAUUCAAGGGUGCGUAUGAGGAUAGGCAUUCUGUGCAUCUUGUGAUGGAGUUAUGUGCUGGUGGGGAACUCUUCGACAGGAUCAUUGCGAAAGGCCAUUACUCUGAGCUGGCAGCCGCUUCAAUUUGCAGGGCAAUUGUGAAUGUUGUUCACAUUUGCCAUUUCAUGGGUGUAAUGCAUAGGGAUCUCAAGCCUGAGAACUUCUUGCUGGCAAGCAAGGAUGAAAAUUCGAUGUUGAAGGCCACGGAUUUUGGGCUAUCGGUUUUCAUCGAGGAGGGAAGAGUAUACAGAGAUAUUGUUGGGAGUGCUUAUUAUGUUGCUCCAGAAGUCCUUCGGCGACAUUAUGGAAAAGAAAUAGAUAUUUGGAGUGCAGGAGUAAUAUUGUAUAUUUUGCUUAGUGGUGUGCCUCCAUUUUGGGCUGAAACGGAGAAGGGCAUAUUUGAUGCCAUCCUGCAAGGAAAUAUUGACUUUGAAAGUCAACCUUGGCCAUCCAUAUCAAACAGUGCCAAAGACUUGGUUAGAAGAAUGUUGACUCAGGAUCCUAAAAGGCGGAUUACUUCAGCACAAGUCCUUGAACAUCCCUGGAUUAAAGAAGGAGGAGCAUCUGACAAACCUAUAGAUAGUGCAGUCCUUUCCAGGAUGAAGCAAUUCCGAGCAAUGAACAAGCUAAAGAAACUUGCAUUAAAGGUAAUUGCUGAAAAUAUGUCGGAAGAGGAAAUUAAAGGAUUGAAAGCAAUGUUUACUAACAUGGAUACUGAUAAAAGUGGCACAAUUACUUAUGAAGAGCUGAAAUCUGGACUAGCACGUCUAGGAUCAAGGCUGUCAGAGGCAGAAGUCAGGCAACUCAUGGAUGCAGCUGACGUAGAUGGGAAUGGGUCUAUUGAUUACAUUGAAUUCAUCACUGCCACAAUGCAUCGGCACAAACUAGAAAGGGAAGAGAAUUUGUUCAAAGCUUUUGAAUAUUUUGACAAAGAUAAGAGUGGGUAUAUAACAAAAGAUGAACUGGAACUUGCCAUGAAGGACUAUGGUAUGGGGGAUGAGGCAACUAUAAAGGAAAUAAUAGCAGAGGUGGACACGGAUAAUGAUGGAAGAAUCAACUAUGAAGAAUUUUCUACAAUGAUGAGAAGUGGAGGUGCUCAGGAAAAUAUUGCAGGCAAACUUUUCUAAUUUGAGGAUGUGCAGGUUGCUGGAGUUGUUGGAAAUAAGAUGCCUGAGUUGCUUUCCGCUUAUCUUUUCCUGAAGAUCACAAUUGACUCAGUACUACACUCAUGGGCAGCUUUGCUUGAUGCAAUCCAAGACAUGGAUAUCCUGGUGUUGUUCCAUUAGUCAAACAUUUUUCAUGUUAUGGAGAUUAAGCUGUGUAAUCCUCUCGGUAUUGUACAUCUGGAUCUGAAGCAAGAUGUUGCACUGGCAGUUUCAACGGUGCCUGUAUUCAGAACAUUCCUUUGUAUUCUUUUUUGGCUGUUCGUUUUAUUUGAAUGGUGUGAAUGAGUUUA